AUGUCGAAACUCAUCGCGGCCACACUCCUGUCGGUGCUUGCUCGCCUGCGCCCGUCCCUGUUCGAGCUCGACACGGUUGUCGUGGACCUGCAGGGUAGCAGCGGCGGUGAAGGCCGAGUGUUCCAAUUCACAUUCACGGGAGUGAUGUUCCUCGUCCUGCUCUUCUUUGUGUGGGCGGUCGCCAGGACGUGCCGCAAAAACAAGGGCAAGCACAUGAUGAUCGAGAACUUCCUGGAGGAGAUGGCCACCGAGAAGGCCAUCCGGUUCACGCCGCAGGAGCUCAAGGAGUUGACACGCAACUACUCGUCCCGCCUCGGCGCCGGUGGGUUCGGCACGGUGUACAGGGGCGUGCUCCCCAACGGCCUCGCCGUGGCGGUCAAGGUGCUCCACGGUGGCCUCGACCAGAGAUCCGGGGAGCAGUUCAUGGCGGAGGUUGGCACCAUCGGGAGGACGCACCACAUCAACCUCGUCAGGCUCUUCGGCUUCUGCUUCCACGACGCCGUGCUCGCGCUGGUGUACGAGUGCAUGGACAACGGCGCGCUCGACGCCUACCUCUUCAACCCAAGCCGCGCCGUCGGCCUCCCUUCGCGGCGGGACAUCGCCGUCGGCAUCGCCAGGGGACUCCGGUACCUCCACGAGGAGUGCCAGAAAAAGAUCAUCCACUACGACAUCAAGGCCGGCAAUGUCCUCCUCGACGGCACCCUCACGCCCAAGGUGGCCGACUUCGGGCUCGCGAGGCUGGUGAACCGCGCGGACACGCACGUCUCCAUGUCCUGCGUGCGCGGCACCCCAGGGUACACCGCACCGGAGAUGUGGAUGCAGUCAGGCAUCACGGAGAAAUGCGACGUGUACAGCUUCGGCAUGCUACUGCUCGAGAUCGUCGGCCGGAGGAGGAACUUCGAUGAGGCGGCGCUAGACGUCGGCCAGCAGUGGUUCCCCAUGGUGGCAUGGACCAAGUACGAGAAAGGCGAGCUGAUGGAGCUCGCGAUGUCGUGCCUGGGCGAUGUCAGCGGCGUCGAUACGGCGGAUGAACUGCAGAUGCAGCUGUGUAGGGAGCUGGCGGAGAGGAUGUGCAAAGUGGCGUUCUGGUGCGUGCAGCAGCAGCCGGAGGCGAGGCCGCCGAUGGGCGUGGUGGUGAAGAUGCUUGAAGGAGAGAUGGACAUUGCUCCGCCGGCGAACCCGUUUCAACAUCUCAUGACGCCCGCGCCGGCGACGAAUCUCUGGGAGAUAAUGGCAGCCAGCAUAAAUACGGUAUCAGGGUCGACAAAUGGCAUUGUUUCUCCGGGUAGCAAUGAGAUCGUCUCUGUUUGA